AUGGCUCCUAGUUCAUCAAUUUUUGUUUCAAAUGAGUUUAUGAAAUCCCUUCAAUGUCAUAAAUCAAUUAUGAAAUCUUAUUCAGUUACUGUUUUUGCUGGGUCAGAUAAAAUAUGUCUUAUCACCUCUUCAAAUAAAUGGGUGAUUGAUUCAGGUGCCAUAAAUCACAUGACAAGUAAUCCAAAUAUUUUUUCUAGCUUUCGCUCACACAAAGCACCCUCUCCAGCUACGGUAGCUGAUGGAUCAACUUGUAGUAGUGUUAGAUCUGGGACUGUUAAAGCAACUUCCUCUAUUACCCUGUCAUUUGUAUUAAGUUCACCCAACUUGGACUUUAAUUUGAUUUAUGUUGGUAAAAUUACUAGAGACCUUAAUUGUUGUGUCGCGUUCUUUCCCAAUCAUUGUCUGUUUCUAGAUCUUACAAUGAAGCAAGUUAUUGGUAAAGGAUAUUUGUCUGGUGAUCUCCACAUCCUUGAUGAAUGGGAGCCACUACCUGCUGCAUGUUCCUGUGUUGUGUCUCCUUUUGAAGCACAUUGUCGAUUAGGACAUCCCUCUCUACCUUUGUUGAAGAAGCUCUAUCCUCAGUUUCAGAAUAUUUCUUCAUUGGAUUUGCGUAUUCUGAGGAGUGAUAACGCUAAAGAAUACGUGUCAGAGUUAUUUCGGUCCUACACAAGACAACAUGGUAUACUACAUCAGUCUGCAUGUGUUGAUACACCCUCUCAAAAUGGAGUUGCUGAGAGGAAGAAUAGGCAUCUACUUGAUACAACUCGGGCACUUUUGUUCCAAAUAAAGUUUCCUAAACAGUUCUGGGCUGAUGCAGUCUCUACAACUUAUUUUUUAAUUAAUCGCAUGCCAUCUAGUGUGCUUGGUGGUGAUAUGCCUUACAGUUUUCUCUUCCCAAACAAGUCAAUAUUUCUGGUGGAACCUAAGGUAUUUGGAUGCACAUGUUAUGUUCGAGAUGUUCGACCAUCUGUUACCAAGUUGGAUCCCAAGGCGUUAAAGUGUAUUUGCUUGGGCUAUUCUCGCCUCCAGAAAGGGUUUCGCUGUUAUUCUACUGAGCUUGGAAAAUAUUUGGUGUCAACUGAUGUGAACAAACCAGAUGAUGUUCCUCCUUUACCUAGUUCUUCUAUUGAGCACCAAUUGACUACGUGCCUUCAGCACCUGUUCCGACUGUCUAUUUCCAAAAAUUGGCCUUUACAUCAGUUGGAUAUCAAGAAUGUGUUCCUUCAUGGUGAUCUUCAGGAGGAAGUGUAUAUAGAGCAACCACCCGACUUUGUUGCUCAGGGGGAGUAUGAGAAAGUCUGUCAUUUGAAGAAUUCUUUGUAUGGCUUGAAGCAGAGUCCUCGAGCUUGGUUUGAAACGGAAAAGUUGGCAGCUAAACACUGCAGUACUCCAAUGGUUCUUGAUGUGCACCUUAUGAAAGAUGAUGGUGAUUCUUAUGAUGAUCCAGAGAGAUACAUGAGGUUAGUUGGAAAAUUAAACUACCUCAAUGUGACUCGUCCAAAUAUUGCUUUUGCGAUGUUGACUGGGCUGGAUCCAAAAUUGGUAGAAGAUCUACUACAGGCUUUUGUAUCUUUGCUGGAGGGAACCUGGUAUCGUGGAGGAGUAAGAAAUAAAGUGUUGUAUCUCGAUCCAGUGCAGAAUCUGAGUAGUGUUGCAUCUCGAUCCAGUAUAGAAUCUGAGUACAAAGCUAUGUCACAGUCUACGUGUGAGAUUAUGUGGAUACAUCAUCUUUUGAUUGAAUUUGGGUUGGAGCAUCCAAUACCAGCAAAACUCUGGUGCGGCAAUCAAGCUUCUCUCCAUAUUGCGUCAAAUCCGGUGUAUCAUGAAAGAGCUAAGCAUAUUGAAGUUGACUGUCAUUUUAUUCGCAAGAAGAUUUAG